CUUUAAAGGCAUGCAAGAACAGAACAAGAUGGACCUGGACUGGCAGCACAAAGCAAAUAUUUUUGGGCAGGGGAUUCCCAUUUGUUUGUUUGUUUGUUUGUUUGGGGCAUCAUCACAGAAAAGGCUUUGAUAACCAUCCACUUAACCCUUGCGGGCAGUGGUGCACCUGCAGAAGUGCCCGUGAGGAAGGUUUUAGAUGCCAGAUAGGUUCCUGUCAUAUAAGGCAGUCCAUUGACCGUUAUUUCACUGUUAAAAAGGACUGUGCCCAAAAAAGUAUUUUCUUACUUUACGAGGCUAACCCACAUAAAUAACUGCUCAUAUCAAGUACAUGAGUAGGGAUUCCCAGAAGAUCACAGGGGCAGCCUCCUUGAUUACUAUCUAGCCUCCUUGAUUACUAUCUAUCUAUCUAUCUAUCUAUCUAUCUAUCUAUCUCGAUAUAUCCCAUUCUGAUAUAUAUCUAUAUCAAUCGAUCGAUCGAUAAAUGGAGAGAGAGAGAGAGAGAGAGAGAGAGAGAGAGAUUGUCGCUGCUGCAAUCUUCCACGAUCCCUCAUUGCAAAAGUCAAUUGAAACACCAUUAAAAGCAACAGCAAAUCUAAGGCCUAAAAGGGUUCCGGUCUUCAUGCCAGGAAGAGGUUCCGACACGACAAUGUUCUGCAUCAGGCAGCUUUGAAAAGUAGCCAAACGGAGCCAGGAGAAGAGAGACCAGCCCUAGUUCAACGAGGGCUGUGUUGUGGGGGCUUGGGCCGCCAUUUCUUUGCUCCUUCCGAAGCCUGAGGGCGGCUCCGGCUCUAGGCCUCAGUAGGCCACCCGAUGACAUCAUCCUGCCCCUGGCAGCCAUUUUGAAGCAGAGCGAGCUGUGGGCAGCCACCUGCUUACCACCCCACCCCAUGUAAGUGUGGUGAAUUUGUCAGUGCCUGUGGGACUUGGAGCCAUCUUAUUCAUUCAUUCAUUUAAAUCUGUGUCUCCCGCCCCAUAAUUGGAGCGUGUCCCUUCCCUGUUCCAAUUUUUCUUCCCCCUGGUGCCACCACUGAAUCUUUUUGCUCACUUCCUGAAACCGAAAUGUUUCCUCCAAGGCCCCUGCUCUCUCUUCACUGUGUCAGCACUUGGGGAGGUUUACACGAAAAAUUAAAAUACAAAAUACAAGUUUAAAAACAAACAAUUGAUACGUAAACAUUUAACCAAGAGCCUGUUUGAACAAGUGCAUGGUUAGAAAGUGAGUGGGGCCAAGAACAAAGAGGAACAAGAAGCAGAGAAGGAUUUGGACCAAUGGCCGAACUCGAGACUGGAGCUGGGGCAAGUUCUAAGCGGAGCCCUGGAUGGAGCUGUUGUACCAGUGAGGGUCAAGCCCUGAAUAAGAUAUUUAUGUUUGAAUCAGGAGUCCCAUCCCUUCCUGGAGCUCAGACUGUCCCCAAUCCAAGGCAGGCACCUGAGGUAGCCUCUGCCUUCCCUCCAGAAAGCCCACUCAAAGGGAGGUUACAAACACCCAGAUUCAGGUGUGUCUUCACUCCAUUUGAACUUCGAUUCCUCUGUGUCUCCUUGGUGGUCGUCAGUCUGCUCUUCCUUCUCAUCGCUAUAGCCACAAACAACUGGAAAAGUGAUGGCCAGAUGUCGAUAGGGCUGUGGAAUGCCUGUCUACAGACAAAGUGCUACAGAGCAGAACACUAUACCCAGUCAAAAACAGUUCCUCACAGAGUCAUCCAUGCCAUGCUGUUUCUGGCAGUCUGUUGUGCCUUUGGCUGCUUAUUCUUUCUCGGUGUUUCAUUCGUCCAGAAACAAGUCAAGUCUAUACCUUUGGUCCUACUUGCUAGCAUUGCCAGCUUGACUGCAGGUGCCUUUAUUGUCACUGGCAUGUCUGUGUAUACAUAUGAGUUGUAUAAGGAAAAGGCAGUCAGUCAGGCUCACUGGUCCUUUUACGUUGCCUGGAUCUCUUCCGGUUUCUUCUUUCUAGCAGGUGCGACAAUUUUCCUGAUCAGAAGAACUGAGAAAUGAGGGUUAUUUCUUCAAGUGGAAACUGUGUUCGGAGCAGUCGGAACAUGACGGAUGACAGAAACUGACUUUCUGGGCCACUGAGCGAUAUAGUUCCUGAUCCAUUGCGGGAUACGGUGGUGUGGCCUAGAGAGAAAGAUUGUGUAGACCAGGCAUUCUCAAACUUGGGUCCUCAGGUGUUAUUGGACUUCAACUCCCAUAAUCCCCAGCCUCAGUGGCCUUUGGUUGGGGAUUAUGGGAGUUGAAGUCCAAUAACACCUGAGGGCCCAAGUUUGAGAAUCACUGGUGUAGACAUAUGGUUUAUUUAAAGCUCAGGCUUCCUAUUUAACUGUCCUUAGUUCACAGGUUCCCAACCUUGAGCCUCCAGAUGUUAUUGGACUACAACUCCCAUCAUGGAAUUGGCCUUUGGCCAUUGCGACAGGGGAUGAUGGGAGAUGUAGUCCCACAAUAUCUGGGGACCCAACACUGGGAACUGCUGCUCUGGUUGUUCUUCUAGCAUGUCAUGCAGCCACACUUUACAUCAAUGAGUAGUUUGUUUUUUCUCAGGGCUAGAAAAGUAAUGACGCAAAUAGCUUUGGACCACAUAUUACCACAACUGUAAGGUGUGAAACACUGUGAAGUGAAACACAAUGACAGUGUUUCUGUGGAGAUAAUGGUUAAGUCUUCUCUGUAGUGUGAAUAAAAAGGGCAUGUAACUUUCAA